GUAUGGAUGAGGAAGUUGUUGCUGCUGCUGCUGCUGCUGAUUUUUCAUCUGCUCUGUAAGCAAGGCCAAGAGUUGGUUGGAUCGAGCAAGACUCGAGGAAGCCGAUCGGAUUCGCUUCUCAAGCUCGGUAAUGGCGUCAAAGUUGCCCUUCGAUGCCAUCAGGGUGAGAUCUUCGACCGAAACCACGGACAUGCUGUCGCGAAGGAUCGACUUGGGGCUCUGUCCAGAGACUUGGGACAGAUGUGAGAAUCGCU